UGUUUAGAGGUGCAAUGCAUCGUCAAAAAACCAAUUGAGUUUACUAUAAAAGGAAGAGAGGCAAAACCAAAGAUCUGUGUGUUAGUACAAGAAAAGAAAAAAACAAAAACAAAAACAAAAUUUGUUUUCUCAUUUUCAGAGAUAUGGAAAAAGAUGUCUCAAAUCUUCUUUCUCCAACAUGGGAUGGAGAUAAUGAAUCCUCUUCUUCUAAAUCCUGUGGUGAGAAGAAGCUGAGAUUGUUUGGAUUUGAGCUUGAUCCAUACAAGAUUAAUGGUGAGAUCUCCAUGAAAGGGUCUGCCGAAGGGCCUGAUCUUGAAAGCGUAAAUUCAUCAACCAUAGUUUCACAUGAUCAGAAAAGCAGGAAAGGUGAUGCAGCAGAGGAGAAGAAGUUCGAGUGCCAAUACUGUUUCAAAGAGUUUGCAAACUCACAGGCAUUGGGGGGUCACCAAAAUGCCCACAAGAAGGAAAGAUUGAAGAAGAAGAGGUUGCAGCUUCAAGCAAGAAAGGCCAGCAUCAAUUGUUAUCUUCAGCCUUAUCAAAACAGCCAUGGUUUUGCUUACCAUGGCUCGAGUGCUCCAUGGUUUUACGAUCCAUCUUGUUAUGCUCCUGAUUUUUGUCACUAUGAGGAGCCCCAAAUUAGUUUUUGUCGACUCAAGCAAGGUAGCAAUCUCUACAAGUCCCAAGUGUCAAACCGGUAUGCCCUGCCUGGUCAGAUGGUACCGUUCCAACAGGACACUUGUGUGUUCACCCUGACACAGACUGACCGGUCGGGGGAGAGCCAGCCAAUCAUCUUCAAUCCUUCCCUGUUUCCUGAUUCAAAGCAACACUGUAAAACUUUGGAUCUUCAAUUGGGUUGAGAAAUGGGGGGAUAGAUUCCCGUUACCAGUGUUCCUUUUCUAAAUCCUUAUACAGCCUUUACCGAGCCUUCCUCUUCUAUUACCAAGACUAUCCAUCAAGUUUUCUCAUCUUCUUCUCGCUGAACUGAUGAAAGAAUAUGUCCAAGGCCUCACGAUUUGAUCAAUAUUUGGUCCUUUCUGAUACAAUCUUUCAAAUUCAUUAAUGACUUCCUUACACAAAGCAAAACUUGAUCUCAUACAUAUAUAUAGUGCUUGUCCAUUACAAUUAUGCAACCAUGUUAUGCAAAUAAAGGUUGCAUAUGUACCGAACCAAACCAAACUAAGCUUGUGUCACAAUCAAGUAGGGUCAGUUACAUGACUUUUUUUUUUCUUCAUUAUGCUCUCAAGGGUUAUAUGCACAGUAAAAUUAAAUAAAUUCAUAUCUUUUUUCUUAUACUGCCCUGCAUGCAGAGUCAAGUCCAGACAGAGGCAAUCGGGUUGAGGCAGUGAAAACCAACUGGUAAAAGUUGAACAGUUUGUGAUUUUGUUGCUGGAAGUCAAGAUUUGAUCUCAACUUGUUCACACACACACACACACACACACAUACACACAUGUAUUGAUGUAUUGCUGUUUAGCACUUAUUGAAAUUGUGUAAUUGACUGUUUGUCAAGCAUGAUUGAUAAGGGAAAAAACUCGCAACAUGGUAGCAAAGUUCCCAAUUAAUUUUUAUUGUCUUUAUGUGAUGUCCUCCAGAGCACCCUGGAAGUUUGUUUUUCUCAUGUUUGUUAACCUUUUCUAUGGUAGGACAUUUGAAAAAUAUUAGAUAACGGAUUGACGAGUCCA